AUAAAUCACUUUUUUAUGAGAUUGCUGUUCUCAUUUGAGAAAGCUUAUAUGAAUGAAUGGAUGCAGUGUUAAAACCUUUAUUUAAACUAUUGAAUAUGGAUUAUUUUGUACAUGUAAUAAAGAUAAUUUUAUAAUGUUAUGUUUUCGACGUAAACCAAAAGAAUCCCCUAGGGCUGCUAUCAAUCCAGCUCUGGUGCCCAGCGCAGCUUUCACUGUGGUUCCCCGCACCCAAGCCCCGGUCCCUGUCCCCGCUGCAGGCCUUGGAGGAUCCUCGGAGGUGGUCAAUGCCUCGUUGAUAGGGAGACAGCCACCCCCUGAGCCCGGACCAGAUGAUGAGUUGUUCAGUGACCCAGAGAGCAGUCUCUAUGACUACCAGAACAUGGAGGAAGCCGGGUACUCUUCCGUGGAGAUGUUGUCGGUGUCCCGUAAACGUCGCGGCCGUGAGGGGCAGCUACAUGGCCUUGAGCAUGACAUUGAUGAACACCAGCAUGCCCAGUUUGCUGAGGCCAUAGGGUCCCCAAAUGCUCUUCAGAACCCCGAGGCCCUUUACGCAACCCCGAUGAAGCGAGGCCAGCGCCAGCCCUCCACCCAGUCCCUACGGACCACUGCAGAAGUCCAUAAUGCUAUGCAGCGGGUCCAUGAGCUUUCCAGUGAUGAGGACUCACCAGCUGAUAGGGCCCGGCCAACCCGAAAACAGCCAAGUGCCCGGAGCCUUCACUUUCCAGUUGAACACGAGACAGCGAUAAAAGAGAAAGCUAUUCGAUCAUCUGCAAGCACUCCUAUUGCAACCCCCAAAUCCCGCCAACCAAUUAUUGUGGAGGACAGACUGGUUCAAGAAACUAUUGAGCCCUUCCACAUGAACAGAGACAAUUUGUUGUCAGCCAGUCCACAUGAGCCUGUGAGUGUACGUUCAAAGUCUGCUCUUUCGUCACGUAGCAUAAGUGAGGAUCGUCUACGCUCACUGGAGGCAGAGCGUCAGCAUCUGUCUACACUUACCCACCAGCUGGAGCAUGAGGUUCAGACAUACAGGGAGGUUGUCUCUACGUACGAAAGUGGAGACAGUGCCACUGCCCAAUCCCUCUUAACAAAGAAACAGAUCAGUGACUUGAAAGAAGAGAAUGAGUCCUUGAAGAAUUCUAUAAAACGCCUCAAUGUUGAACUGUCAGCUUACCAGGCGAAGUACCGACCUGUUAAUGGCGGGAAAACGGGUGACGUGAAAGGCCUACCCUCUGAUGGACCCCCACCUUCAUGGCUGCAGGACCCCCAUUUAGACCAUCCCAUUAUUGGUGAAUUCAACAUUCGGUACUUGAAUCCUUUGUUCCUGGCGUAUGAUGACAGAAUACGUGAACGAGAGGAAACUAUUAAACAGUGCCAGGCUGAGCUGGAUUUAUUGCGGUCUCGCACAGAAACGGUGGUGAAGGAAAAUGAGAAGCUACAUUCCCGGCUGGAGAACACUGCCCUUGGGCCAAUAGACAGCACUGAGUGGGAACAGAUGAAAGAGAAUGCUCGUCUGGUGCUCGAGGAAAACCAGAAUCUACUGGAACAGAUCAGCGUUAAGGACGAGAAAACGCACGAUCUACACCAGGCGCAUUUACGAGAAGUUGGUAAGCUGUCAAAGCAGGUCGUAAUAUUAAAAGAAGAGAAGGGAGAAGUUGAAAAAGAGUUGGAAUCUGCUCGCACAGCCCAGCGGGAAAUUAAACAGCGGCAUGACGCACUACUCUCCCAGUCACAUGGUGCCAUACCACAUGAGCAGCACAUCAGGGAAAUUGCAGACAUGAAAAAGAAGUUAUCGGACGCCGAUGAGGCCCACAGACAGGAGCUAGAGGCUGUCAAUGGGAAGCUGCAUGCAUCCCAGGCCGAAAGGAAGGGCCUGGCCUCACAAGUCAUAGAGCUUACAGCCGAGAACAAAAGACACAGUGUUGAGGCCAGGCUCAUGCAUAAAUCUGUCAGACGAGCCCAACAAAAGAUGAUGUUUCUUCAGCGUGCAAUAGAACAGUCAGAAAACAAGGAGAUGUCGGUGCAGGAUUACAUGGGAUCACUCAUUAAAGUGGCAGAGAAAAGUGCAUUUGAGAGAGACACUUAUGAGAAAGUGGCAAAGGAGCAUGAGUUGGAAACGAAGAAGGCCAUGAAGAAACUAAUGCAGGGAAACCUCACUGUUGGCAAAAUGGAGGAAAAACUUAAGUUGUACAAGAUGAAAGCUGCAGCCAGAAUUGGGACAGUGGCAGAGAGAUUAAAGGAGCAGGAAGAGCUAUUUAACUCGCAGAAGCGCGAGUAUGAAAGGGAGAUAAAUCAUUUGCGGAACCUUGUACGUGAAAAAGAGGACAUGAUUCAGGAGGGUGCUGUACACAAAAGGGAUCUGGAAGAACAAAUGGAAGCCGUUUGGCAAUCUGCCAACUCGGAGAACGUAAGAAUACGCGAGGAAGUCCACAAGAGUGUUCAUCAGCUACGAAAACACACGGGACUAUCUGAUGCGUUAGACGCGCAUGAUAAACUCGAUACUUUACAUGUGUCAUCUGACGAUGAAGGAGAGAAACAUGAUUUUUCGUGAAUGAUCUUGCAUAUUGGCUGGGAUCUUUUGUACUCUGUAUGUUUCAGGUUGAUGUACUAUUUUUAUAAAGGUGCUUAUCCAUAUUGCUUGUCAGAAGUUGCUAUAAUAUUAUACCACCUAAUACCAUGAGUGUGACCUUGCUAGCGGAUAUAUCUGCUCUUAAGUUUAAUGUAUAUAGAAUAUACUUAGGUGCAAAUGCAUGGUAACACUUACAAGAGAAAAAUAUAUUAAAAAAUGUGUUUUUUUUCUGAUAGUCAUACAUACACAAAAAAAGUCAAACAUUAUAUAAAUGAGAAUCGUUUUCCUAUUGGGGAAACGAAGCAGUCUUUUGUCAAUUUUAGUUCUCUUGUUUACUGGUAUAAUUAUAAAAUAGGUUCAGUGUAACCUUUUUGUUUCGAUUUUAGCCUUGAAAAGGAAACACUGAAAAAGCAAUGCUGGACAUUCUAAGUAGCCAAGAGAAUGGAUUUAAGUGUACAGAAAUGUUUCAAGACAAAAAAUCUAGUCUAAUCAUAUAUUUGUAUUGUAUAAUUGAUGGAUAAUCAAUAUAAAAUGUAUGUAACUUAAUGAAAGUGGAGAAUAUACAUUGUAAGAAGACAAUGUUCUAAACUUUGUUAGAAGGCUAGAAGACAUUCUUCAAACUUUUAUUAGGAGACAGGGUUCUAAUCUUUGUUAAAAGACUGGUUUUAAACUUUGUUAAAAGACAUAUUUCUAAUCUUUGUUAAAAGACAGGUUUUAAACUUUGUUAAAAUACAUGGUUCUAAUCUUUCUUAGAAGAAAAUUUUUCAACUGUUUUAUAAGAAAGGGCUCUUAACUUUCUUAGAAGACAGGAUUCUAAGCUUUACUGUACAAUACAACGAGAUGUUAAUUUGUAGACGUGAUAACAAUAAUAAUGUAGUUAGUUAAAAUUAGAAUCAUUUUGUCGACCUGUUUAUUGUAGUAGUUCCGAAGUAUAGAAAAUGAUUGCAAAUAGGUUUGUUAUGUCGUUGACAAAUGAAUUACGCAGAAUUGUUAGUUGUUUCUAUAUUAUUGAUAUUAGGAUAAUUUCACAUACUCAUUCGAAUAUAUGGAUACUACUGUUAGUAGUUUAGUAGUUAAGCCAGUCUCAAAGUCAUUCUUACUUUUAAUAGGCAGCUUUCGAUUUUAUUGUAACCAAACUUUUAUUGUAACUAAAAUGUUUUUAUCUGUUAUCUGUUGAUAUAUUUUCGUAAGGAAAACAAUAGCACCCCCAUCUCCUCUCUUUUAUAUCAAUACACAUAUAUUACAGAUGUUACAGCUUUUUUUAAACUUAUAUGUUUUAGCCUUUUUAAUACAGAAUCUGUUAACUAAAACAUGUUAUUGCCUAAUUCUGUUAUUCACAUUACAAAUAUUCUGUGAUACGUUCUGAAAAUUAUUAUUUUGGAGGGAACUUUAUCGCAAUAGUUAAUUUAUAAGAGAUAACUUAUUUUAUUUAUAAAUGAUAACUUAAAACAAGUAGUGUAAUUAAUACAUGGGCCUGUAUUCAUAAAACAUCUUAAGUCAUUUUCUGACAAAGUUAUUUCCCUUAUGUAUAUAUCUGACUGGUCAUAUGUUAUAAUGACUUAAUACUAUCUAAAAUAAAUUUGUCUAUGAAAAUGAUAGAAUAUCGACUUCUUUAGUUAAGAAAUUACUCAAGAUGUUUUAUGAAUACCAGCAUGAAAAUUCCUUCAAAACGAAGAUUAUAUUGUGACAGAGAAUACAUUACAUUGUUUUAACUGUGAUUUUUAUUUGGAGUAUUUUAUAAUAUUUUCACUGCCACCAAUUUGCAUUUGAUACAUUUUGUUCAAUAACAAUUUAUUGGUGAUUGCAUUUCACAUACGGUUCAGAACACACAGCUUCUUUUAUAAUGUAUAUGUUCUAACCAAUUUUAGUGUUGCCCCAAAAUUUAAGCCAAUCCAGUGGCUAGAGUUCCAAUGAAUUGAGCCAUCCAACUGGCCCUAUAUUCGCUAACGUCUUGAGUCAUCCAACUGGGCCUAUAUUAGCUAACGUCCUGAGCCAUCCAACUGGGCCUAUAUUCGCUAACGUCCUGAGCCAUCCAACUGGGCCUAUAUACGCUAACGUCUUGAGCCAUCCAACUGGGCCUAUAUACGCUAACGUCUUGAGCCAUCCAACUUGGCCUAUAUUCGCUAACGUCUUGAGCCAUCCAACUGGUCCUAUAUUCGCUAACGUCUUGAGCCAUCCAACUGGUCCUAUAUUCGCUAACGUCUUGAGCCAUCCAACUGGUCCUAUAUUCGCUAACGUCUUGAGCCAUCCAACUGGUCCUAUAUUCGCUAACGUCUUGAGCCAUCCAACUGGUCCUAUAUUCACUAACGUCUUGAGCCAUCCAACUGGUCCUAUAUACGCUAACGUCUUGAGCCAUCCAACUGGGCCUAUAUUCGCUAGCGUCUUGAGCCAUCCAACUGGGCCUAUAUACGCUAGCGUCUUGAGCCAUCCAACUGGGCCUAUAUUCGCUAGCGUCUUGAGCCAUCCAACUGGGCCUAUAUACGCUAGCGUCUUGAGCCAUCCAACUGGGCCUAUAUACGCUAACGUCUUGAGCCAUCCAACUGGGCCUAUAUACGCUAACGUCUUGAGCCAUCCAACUGGGCCUAUAUACGCUAACGUCUUGAGCCAUCCAACUGGGCCUAUAUACGCUAACGUCUUGAGCCAUCCAACUGGGCCUAUAUACGCUAACGUCUUGAGCCAUCCGACUGGGCCUAUAUACGCUAACGUCUUGAGCCAUCCGACUGGGCCUAUAUACGCUAACGUCUGGAGCCAUCCGACUGGGCCUAUAUUCGCUAACGUCUGGAGCCAUCCGACUGGGCCUAUAUUCGAUAACAUCUGGAGCCAUCCGACUGGGCCUAUAUACGAUAACGUCUGGAGCCAUCCGACUGGGCCUAUAUACGAUAACGUCUGGAGCCAUCCGACUGGGCCUAUACUCGCUAACGUCUUGAGCCAUCCAACUGGGCCUAUAUACGCUAACGUCUGGAGCCUUCCAACUGGGCCUAUAUACGCUAACGUCUGGAGCCAUCCAACUGGGCCUAUAUACGCUAACGUCUGGAGCCAUCCAACUGGGCCUAUAUACGCUAACGUAUUGAGCCAUCCAACUGGGCUUAUAUACGCUAACGUAUUGAGCCAUCCAACUGGGCCUUUAUUCGCUAACGUAUUGAGCCAUCCAACUGGGCCUAUAUUCGCUAACGUCUUGAGCCAUCCAACUGGGCCUAUAUUCGCUAACGUAUUGAGCCAUCCAACUGGGCCUAUAUACGCUAACGUAUUGAGCCAUCCAACUUGGCCUAUAUUCGCUAACGUCUUGAGCCAUCCAACUGGGCCUAUAUUCGCUAACGUAUUGAGCCAUCCAACUGGGCCUAUAUACGCUAACAUAUCGAGUCUAAGUUUGAAACUCAGACUCAAAAAUGGAAUUAUUGAAAUGAACAACAAGUCAUUUAUAAUAAUAAUUUGGCUAAAGUUUAACCAAUUGAAGUAAAGUAAGUCAUAUGUUAUACAUUCAGUUGUUUGCAUCAGCAGCAUUUUGCUAAUU